UUGCGACUUGGUGGCACAUACGAAGGAACUCGUCUCAAAAGCUAAACAGGUAUAAACAUUACUUUUAAUAGCUACUAUAAUUGUUUCUUAAUUGUCUGUAUCAAAGGAAUUGGCUAGCUCAAUAUCGUAGUUGUAGACACUUAGUUUAUAUCAGUUUCGUUUCUUCAAUCCUUGCGCUCAAUUCCUCCUUAUAUAUGUAUACUUGGCUCAAUAGUUAGAAGAACCAUCUGCUGAAGUUGUAUAUAAUAACUAUAGGAUCGAAAGACCUAUACUUUUUCGCUGCAAAUGUUUUUGCUAACUAAUCACAUUGUUUGCUUCGUACGCGCCCAACAAGUUCGUCCUGAAGAAAUAGCUUUUGAAAAACUAUUUUUUGUCGAAGCAAUCUUCUCCAAACGACCAAACCUUUUACAUAUCUAUUUAAAUUCUUCAUUUAGAUUUGGUUUCGAGUCUAUUUGUUCACAAUUGUUUCAGAAAUUUCUAUCAUGUAUUUGCACGUUUUCAUCAUCACUUUUGCAGCAUGGAUAUCUUUUUCUUUCGCGGUAAGUAAAGGCAAGAUAAUCAUAUCUGCUCGCCAAUAUGUACACAUUAACAUUGUGGUUUUAUGACAAUACAAGAGAACAGUUGAUACAUACCAGGUGAUCUCGUGUUCGUAUUUUAGCCAAUCAGCGCUCAGAAAGGGUUGUUCGAAUAGAAAUCCAUUUUGAUGUAUUCAGUCAAUUAUAUCUUUCAUUAUUCUUUAUGAAACUAGUUGAAAUUUUGUAAUUAUGUUUGGUUAUGAGAACUAUAGCUCUGACAAAAAUAUGGAAUCGAAAUAAAGUAUUUUACAGGAGAUAUUCAGUUGUUUUAAUCAUAAAAUGGAUUUCUAUUUGACAACUAGUGCCAGUACUUUUCCGCGUAUCAAGAUCACCUGGUAUAUAUACAGAAAAAUCAUGGCUCAACCAUAUAGUUCACAUUUUCCCUUAUUUUGCACACAUGCAAAUAAGAAAAUAUGACAAAUUUUGAAGCAAAUCGUAAGUAUAACCAAAAUGUUUUUUUCACAUCCCAGUCCCCAAAAAACGAGACGAAAUCAGGAAUGGGAACAUUACACAUGCAGUUAUAUCUUAAAUACGUGGAAAGCCAAAAUCAGCAAAUGCAUAAUUUUUGUUCCAUGUUAAGAAAAUAUACAGGUUUAACGUUGUUGUAUAAAUAUUAUACAGCAUGCACCUAAUACAACCAUAGUACAACUUUAUUCAAUUUGCAACGCAGGAGCCAGUUGAAUCCAACCAUGGUCUUGGACCGUGCAAUGAAGAGAACUACGGCCGACGUGAAUUGAUUAAAGGCAGCGAUGGCAAAGAAACAGUCCUCAUUUGCUUUAAGGAAGGCGGUUUUUAUUCAUGGAAGAAGGGUGCUACGGAAACCGAACGUAAGAUUUUUUAAUCAACGAGUGUUACGAAUAAUUACAAAAUGAAGAAAUGCAUGCUCAACUAUUGCAAUCUCAAAAUAACUAUAUAAUAGACUGGGUAUACAAAGUUUAAUCAAAUUUAGAUAAAUAUAGUAAUAUGAAUCCUAUAUAGCUUUUACAAAUUGCUAAAAUUAUGUACAUAAUAUAUACUUAUAUACAUGUAGUAAGCAUGUAUUUCAUAAUAAUUCUCGAAAUGUUUGAAAGUUUGUUACCAGUUUUAAAGGACUGUUUCCGGUGGUUGAUUUCAUUUCUUCAUUGUGUUAUAUGCUUUUUAAACACUCAGCCAGCCCCGUCUAUAUAUUUCAGAAUGGCUUAUCUUAUUCAUUACUGCUACACAGGAGACAACAAAAUAAUAAUUUCAUUUGCAGUUGAUGAAACAGGUGGUGUUAUGGAAGAUGUCAUGUUGAAACGUGAAGCAGCCACGGAAUUCUUCCAACGUGAUCGUCGCGAUCUAAACCAUGAAUGCUAUUCUGAAUGCUGCAAUUGGGAAGAAGUUCGUGAACAUUACGAACACGACAUACCUGCCGCA